AGCUGUCAGUAUUAUUGCUUUUGUCAAAAUCUUUGCAAAGCACUCUUUUUAGUGUUGAAUCCAGGGAAAAAAGGCUGACAAGAAUUAUUCAACUUGCAUAGUGAAAAAACAAGUUGUCAGGGCUUGUUGUCCAUUUGCUCUAUUUUGCUGUUCUUGGUUUAAAAAUAGAAUCCAAUCAGUCUGGAAACUUAACGGUGGGUGAAGUAAACCAUCAAACCAGCUAAAGAGAAAAAUGGCUCGCUCUGCAAGUCCUGGUGGCUACUCAAACUACGAGGACGAUUCGCUGUUUCAGAAUGCAGCUUUCACACAUGAUAUUAGCGAGCAAAUGCGGGUCCCUAAGCGAAUCCGGGCUACAGGAGGAUACUUUGAUGAGCACGAGCUAUUGUCUAACGGGAAUGGCGAGAUUAAUUCCUGGAAUUAUAGCGAUAAAAUUGAAAUGAAUGUUCCGGACCGCAUUGUUGUGCUAGGACAGGACCAGCAUCUAGUUCUUACGUCAGGCACAAAGUCCGCACCACGAGAAAUCAUGCUGGAAAAUUCUAUUAUGCCUAAAGACCCCGGUUGCGUUCGUGUCUCGACCCCACCGAGGGUGAUCACACUGUCGGAACAUCACUUUCCAUCCGCUUCCGAUGAACCAGAAGCAACUGGUGAGAAAGAUUUGGACGAGGAGCGAAACUAUGACGAUUACGAGUCACGCUCGUUGAAUUCGAUUGAUGAUCCAAACAGCAGUGUUAAUGUGGGCAACAGACAGCGCUUUGGACAAACGGGUCGUGGUGCGGGUAACGGCGAAGUACAGCAAAAGAGAGCUACAUUCUCCAAGCACAAUUCCGAGCUGGUAGUUCCUAGAAGCUUCCGAGAAGAGACCCCCACUUUUGGUGGAAGUGUGGAAAAUUUAACCCCACCGGAGGAAAUGAUCCACUUGCGUCGCCAAGUGGCCAAAAUGAACCGCCGGCUUCUGGCAAUUGAGCUGGAUAAUAUGCAGCGUCAACAAAGGGAAAAAAUAAUUUAUUGCGUUGGCCUCGCCUACCUGCUACUGAAAACCUUUAUGUGGCUCAGUCGAAAAUAAGAGUUCCCCAUCAAACAAAAUGGAUUUAAUUAGUAGAAAAGAUAUUUAGUUAUAAUUUAAGUCAGCCACGGCAACAAGCGAAUAUUGGAAUCGUUCUAUAUGAGAAGAAGAAAGCGGAAUAAACUAACUAAACUAAAGCUAACUUGGUAGUGAUGAUGGUGAUAGCCGGGCUGUAGAUGAAAUCAUCAUUCGCUUGCCCGAUUAUAACAUCCUGGUUAUCAGAUUAUGCACCAUUUUAGGAAGACUUGAUUGUUUUGUUUUCAUUUGUUUUAUUUAGUUUUGUAACAUAAUAAACCAAUGUUAAAGCUUGAUUUGUCAUGGUAGACAUUGGGUCGGCCGGUGGAAUUCGGAAGGUACAUAAACCUCAAUUGGUAUUAUACUAAAACUGUGACAACUGGAUGCUUUCUGUCCAUUGUUCAAAGUAUUUCAGGUACGACACUAGUCGUGAACUGUUAAAAUUAUGUACGAUUGUAAGUUGAAUAAAGUUUGCAUUAAACUACGGAACUUUUUGACGUA